GACAGACGGCCAUUUUGGCUCUUAACUUGUCAAAUUCUGAUAUCUUCAGUGCUUUCAGUCAGAUUUGUGGGUGCCGACAAAUUUAUCAUCUUCCAAGUUCUAAUGAAAUUAGUUUCUGGGACAUACAUAUAGCUGCAUCUAACGUGCUUUAGCAAUACGUACUUUGUUUUAUAUACAAUCUGCCAAAGCAAUAAAUAUUUUUACAUAAGGCACACUUGUAGCGCACAGACAGAGCAAACUCUUAACAUUUCUGUUAUUUUAUGUGUGGUAGAAGUGUACAUUGAGGAGCGCAUUUCAGUGUACAGCUAAAUACACAUACAUAUAAAGCGGCUUUGCUUGCACCGAUUGGCUUUGUUUUAUAGUGCGCUCGUUUUCCCGACUAUCCUGAGUUGGGCGGGCUUGGGUAUUCUUAGGUGUAAUAUACGCAGUGCGUUAAACUUUUUCGGAUGUAGCAAAAAAGUUGGGGUGCCCUAUAUUUGGCAAACUGCAUUUAAAGGUCAACUUUACUAGCUAAACUGAGAACCCGUCGAUCAUGUUUUCUCCAUCACUGGGCACGCAGAGGCAUAACUUCGUCGUGGAUUUCGUGCAACAGCACAAGCCGAAGAAGGUCAUUGAUCUCGGGUGCGCUGACUGCAGGCUAUUAAGGAGACUCAGAUUUCUGCGUGAUGUUGAGUUUCUGGUCGGAGUGGACAUUAAAAGUUCUUCAAUGAAGAAGAAAAUGCAUAGCUUAGCUCCCUUUCCAGGUGAAUAUUUGCAGCCAGGAAAUAAGCCAUUAACUAUUGAGCUGUAUGAAGGGUCUGUUACAGAAGAGGAUCCACACACCAAGGGAUUUGAUCUGGCAACGUGCAUUGAGCUCAUUGAACACCUUCAGCUUGCUGAAGUGGGCAGGUUCUCUGAGGUUCUGUUUGGCUACAUGGAGCCCACAGCUGUGAUUGUCAGCACCCCAAAUGCAGACUUUAACUGCCUGUUACCAGGAAGGCCCAAGUUAAGGAUCCCUGAUCACAAGUUCGAGUGGACACAGGUGGAAUUUCGCAGCUGGGCUUCUGGCAUAUGUGGAGCCUACGGCUAUACAGUUGAGUUCACUGGAGUAGGGAAAGUUGCCAAUGGUCCGGAAAGCUCUGGAUUUUGUUCCCAGAUUGGUGUAUUUAAUAGGGAAUCAUCUCGCAGUAACGUUCCCCCUGGGAAUGAGGUCACCGAGGAUGUGCCAGUAUACAAUCUGCUCUAUAGAAUGGAGUAUCCGAGUCUGCAAAAUAAUAAUAUCUUUCAGAGGACCUUAGUGAAUGAGGUCCUUUAUUGGGCAGAGCAUCUCAGGUCUCAGUGGGCAGCCUCUCAGAGGGGCAUCGGCCCAGAACAGACCCAGGACAGCCAAGGCCUGGGUGCCGCAGCUGACGGGGAACAGCCCUUCCUGCAUGGGGGCUUCCUCUGCAUUCCUCUCUCCAGUUUUAUGUCUUGCCCCCGGGUGCGAGAACUCAGUGGCAGCAUGGUGCACCUGAGGGACCUCCUACUGGGCGACCCACAGGUGAGGCUGAUCGCCAACUCUGUGGCAUUGGAUAUGGGCGAGGAAGACCCGGCUGUCCAGAGCGAAGAGCCGACUGAUGCUUGGGACAGUGGGCGCCAUGGAAACGUGCCAGUCGAGGAAGGAAUCGAGGAUGAUUGGGGCGCACAAGUCUGCAAACCCUGAGAGGCAUGAGCCGUGGGAUUUGAAUGUCUAAUAAAGAGUACAAUCCCGUUC